AUGGGUUGUUUACCCGAGAGCCUCUCUUCAUUUUUCAGCAACAGAUGGCUGGUUUUCGUGGCUGCGAUGUGGAUGCAGUCUUGUGCUGGGAUUGGGUACUUAUUCGGUAGUAUCUCCCCCACGAUAAAGAGCUCCUUGAACUACAAUCAGAGGCAGGUGGCCCGAUUGGGCGUGGCUAAAGAUUUAGGCGACAGCGUGGGUUUUUUAGCCGGUGGGUUAUCUGAGAUUUUGCCCUUGUGGGGUGCUAUUCUCGUUGGCGCUCUUCAGAAUUUUGUUGGGUAUGGUUGGGUUUGGCUUGUGGUCACUCGUAGAGUUCCUGUUUUACCGCUCUGGGCUAUGUGCAUUCUUAUUUUCGUGGGAACAAACGGCGAGACCUACUUCAACACGGCCGCAUUAGUGUCUUGCGUGCAGAACUUCCCUAGAAGCCGUGGGCCCGUUGUGGGCAUUCUCAAGGGCUUUGCUGGAUUAAGCGGCGCUAUCUUAACCCAAAUCUAUGCACUGAUCCAUUCCCCUGAUCAAGCUUCACUCUUAUUCAUGGUGGCCGUGGGGCCAACAAUGGUCGCCGUUUCACUCAUGUUCAUCGUUCGGCCCGUUGGUGGCCACAGGCAGAUAAGAUCCUCAGAUGGGUUCAGCUUCUCAAUUAUCUACAGCAUUUGCCUUCUUUUAGCUGCUUAUUUAAUGGGCGUCAUGCUCGUUGAGGAUCUAAUCGACUUGAGCCAAAAUGUCAUUACUAUAUGUACAGUAGUUUUGUUUGUGCUCGUGCUGAUUCCCAUUUUUGUCCCAGUCACGUUGACUUUUUUCUCCCAUGAGCCGACUUCAACGUUAGACGAGUCACUUUUGCCCGACUCUCUGAAGCAAGAAGAAAAUCAGGAUAUAAUAUUUAGCGAGACUGAGGAGGAGAAGCCGAAGGAGAUGGAUUUGCUCCCGGCUUUAGAGAGGCAGAAGAGGAUUUUGCAGCUUCAGACGAAGUUAGCUCAGGCUGCAGCUGAAGGUGCGGUUAGAAUCAAGAAACGUAGGCCCCACAGAGGGGAGGAUUUUACGGUGAUGGAAGCAUUGAUAAAGGCCGAUUUGUGGCUUAUUUUCUUUUCUCUUCUGUUGGGGUCUGGCUCGGGAUUGACCGUGAUCGAUAAUUUGGGGCAGAUGAGUCAGUCGUUGGGGUAUGAUAACACGCAUGUGUUUGUUUCAAUGAUCAGCAUUUGGAACUUUCUGGGCCGAGUUGGUGGAGGCUACGUCUCGGAGAAAAUCGUCAGGGACUAUGCAUAUCCAAGGCCUGUGGCCAUGGCCACAGCCCAAGGCAUAAUGGCUAUCGGGCAUUUCUUCUUUGCCAUGGGCUGGCCAGGGGCCAUGUACGUGGGCACUCUUCUCGUCGGGCUCGGCUAUGGAGCCCAUUGGGCUAUAGUGCCCGCUACUGCCUCCGAGCUGUUUGGCUUGAAAAAAUUCGGGGCUUUGUACAAUUUUCUUACUCUAGCUAACCCAGCUGGAUCUUUAGUUUUCUCUGGUCUUAUAGCCAGCAGCAUAUACGACCGAGAGGCUGAAAAGCAAGCUCACGGGCAUAAUAAUCAGUUACAACGCAGUUUGUUAUCUUCGUUUUCGAGUUUCGUUCGUCUCGACGAGCCUUUAAAGUGCGAUGGCGCAAUUUGCUUCUUUUUUACGUCCUUGAUUAUGUCUGGCUUUUGUAUAGUUGCGGUUGUUUUGAGCAUGAUUCUUGUGUACCGGACAAAACCUGUCUAUGCUCACCUAUAUGGUGGAUCCCGCAGGUGA